UUUGUGUUACAGGGAUAAAAGAAUGGCAUGUAAUUCCACUGCUGUUAUUUUGCCUGAACAAAGAAAGUGGAUGUAUUACAUUGGAAUUUCUUUUAUUUUAUAUUUUGGUGGAAUAGCAUUAAUUUUGAUUUCAAAAAUUUCAAAAUGUUUUUUGGUGUAUGUUUCCAAAAAAAACAGUGUAAACUGGGAGGGCGAGGAGGAUGAAGAAGAAGAUAAAACAGUGUUGAAACAGAAUUUUUAUUUAGAGAUGGUUGAAGCAGCUGGUAUCCUUGUAUCUGCUCAAAAUCUUCAAGGUAGAAUAUUGAGUGUUGUCUCUUUUAUUUUUAAUCUAGUCAGUGUAGCUAUCUACGUAUAUUUGUCUGCAGACCUUGUUGAGCAUUGUAUUUCUUAUGAAAGUGCUCUGUGGAAGGUUGAAAUUGCAUUAUAUGUUUACUUUGCUUUUCACUUGUUUAUACGGUUUUUUGCUGCUCAUGAUAAAUUAAUAUUUUGGUCAACAGAUGUGAUGACAAUCAUUGAUAUAUUAACCAUGCCUACAAUAUUUUUUCGUACCAUAUUAGGCAAUCAAUAUUGGAUAGGUUUACGUUUCCUUCGUUUUAUUUAUUUGACAAAACUUAGUGAUAUUUUACAGCUUCUAGAUGUUUUCAAGACAGGGUCAUCUUUUGAAAUGAUGGGAUUGAUUGGUACCUUUCUUUCUGUUUGGCUGACAUCUGCUGGGAUGGUUCAUUUACUCGAAAACACUGGUGAUUGGUGGAGUCCUAUAAACUAUCAAAACAGAUUUCCUAUAAACUAUUUUGAAUGUAUUUAUUAUUUGCUUGUUACUAUGUCAACAGUUGGUUAUGGUGAUAUAUCAUGUAGCACAUACCUUGGGAAAAUAUUUGCAAUGAUGUUCAUUGGCGUUGGAUUGGGUUUGUUUGCAUCUUACCUUCCUGCCAUUUCAAGUUAUAUUUCUUCUCAUACAAAGUAUAACAAGGAAUUUGUUCCAAUUCCAGGCAAGAAAGAUUUUCUACAUCCAGACAGAAAUGACAACACUACUGUGGUUGUAUUUUUAGCGCCCUCAUUACCUGAUGUAACCAUACAAACAUCACUUAAGAAAUAUGAAACACGGACAUCUUACUUUGUGGGAACAAUUUAUUCUUCAGUUGAUGCAGAAAGAAUGCAGAUCAAAAAUGCGGAUGCUGUAAUUAUAUUAUGCAAUAAAAAAUGUACUAAUCCAGAUGAAGAAGAUGCAGCAAAUAUAACAAGAGUAAUUGCUGUUAAAAAUUAUCAAGAGCGUGUUCGUUGCAUUGUUCAAAUAAUGAUGAACCACAAUAAGGUACACUUGUUAAACUGUCCUCAAUGGAAUGCAGAAUUUGGUGAUGCCAUAAUUUGCAUUAGUGAGUUAAAACUAGGCUUUAUGGCACAGUCUUGUAAUGCACCUGGCUUUUCAACAUUAAUUGGAAAUUUAUUUGGAACAAGAAGUGAUAAGAUAUCAGAAAGUAUUUCAGAAACUGAACAAUGGAAAGUGGCUUACAUGCAAGGAGCUGCUAAUGAAAUUUACUUGAGUUACCUCUCUAAUUCAUUUGUUGGUAUGACUUUUCCUAAGGCUGUUGAGUUGUGCUAUGAAAAAUUAAAGUUGUUACUAAUUGCAAUUGAACUGAAAACAAAGAAAGGAAAUGAGUUAGCUAUUAAUCCAAUGGAUAAAAAGUUGAAGCUAAAUAGAAACACUCGUGGUUUUUUCAUUGCUCAAAAGGCUCUGGAUGCAGAAAGAGCACUUCGAUAUUGUUCAUUGUGUCACAAAGAUCUUAUUGAUCCUGAAAACAUGGUUAAAUGUAAAUGUCGAAAAAAUAGGUUUGUCAAAAUUGCAGAAACAAAAAUAGAUUUUGAUGCUUUGUAUUUACUUGAAACUGCUCCAGAAGAUGAAAGAAAAAAUGCUCGCUCAUUAACUGAUGAUUAUUUUCCUAAUGGCGAAAAACCAAAGUUUGAUCAAACUGGAACAUUUUAUUGGUGUGAAAGUAGAACAUUUGACUCUGCUAAAAUGACAUUAGAAGAAGCAGUAAUUGAAAAGUUUUCCAAUCAUGUUGUGGUUUUGGUGUUAUCAAAUAAAAAUUCUCCACCCUUAGAACUUCGCCAACUUGUAUUACCUUUGAGAGCAAGUAACAAUAUACCUUCUAUGUUGAAAAAGGUGGUAAUAUUAGGAGAUGGUGAUUUUUUGCAAAGAGAGUGGACGAAAUUGGCAAACUUUCCAGAUAUUCACAUUGUUCUUGGCUCCCCAUAUAAUCGUCAAGAUUUACGAGCAGUAAAUGUCCAAAAUGCUGAUAUGUGCAUUUUAUUAUCUCCUGGAAAUAUUAAUUUAGGAAAUUUAGAACAUGAAGCUCUUUCAGAUAGAGAAGUUAUUUCCCUGACUCUCAACUUAAAAGCAAUGCAGUUUGAAACCAAUAAACCUGAAAAAUUUGUAGUUUUUCAAUCACCCUUGGUUUCUGAAGCAAAUGUUCUACCAGAAAGUAAUAGCUUUACUAUUGGACGUUCUGAGAGUCCUUUUCCAAUUAAAUCUAUUAAAGAAAAACUUUCUUCCGAAAAUGGCAAUAAAAAGUUAAAAAUGAUUACUGAACUGAUUUACAAUACCAACGCCAUGUUUUUGGAUCAAGAUGAUAUGAACAUCUAUGACGAUGAACAUUUUUAUUUGGCACAACCUUAUGCAUGCGGAUCAAUAUUUACAGUUUCAAUUCUUGAUUCAUUAGUUAGUGCUACAUAUUUUAAUGGCGAUAUUUUGACUAUUGUUCGAAAUCUCGUGACAGGAAGUGUCAGCUCGGAACUUGAUGAACUCUUGGCGGAGGGUAAACAACCUCUAGGGUCGUUUGAAACCUUAGAAAUAGCAUCAGCUAGAAAUAGAUGUCGAAUAGCUCAAGUGGAUCUACUUGAAGGUCAACUUUCUGAGUUUGGGCAAUGUGGAAUGUUUGGCGAUUUGUUUUUAUACGCUUUGCGCACUUAUAACAUGAUAUGCUUGGGUUUAUUUCGACUACGAGAUACGCAACGCUUACGAACUAAAAGUUCAAAAAGGUACGUUAUUACAUUUCCUGAGUUUAAUUUUAUGCUUGCACCGACUGAUCACGUGUUUGUGUUGACGCAGUUUCAAGCUGGCAAAAGAAAAAAAAAGAAUUUUUCCAAAGAAGAUUUGUAUAUAUGAACAGAAAAUAUUCUAUUACUGUGAGCGAAAGCUUUACCUUACUAAAAAUCAAAAUAGAAUAAAAGGUGCAGCAAAAAGA